UCUCUUCUAAAUUUAGGGGGCAACCUCCCUGGACGCAUGCCUCUCUCUCUUCUUCUCUCCUCUUCUACUCUCUUCGCCAUGGUUUGAUUCCACGAGAAGCAAUCGCCGUUCUCCACGCCGACCCUCGUCCCCAACGGAUGCGCGCAACCCCUGGCGCACGUUAAGCGCCUCUUCCGUACGCCAAACGGUGCAGGCUAGCAUUCCCGGCGCACCCAUUCUCUCUCUCUUCUCACUACUCUUUCUCUAGACGCCGUCGUCGUCUUCUAGUAGGGACCGUAGUGUGAGGUGGAAUCCCUAAUUUUGAUGGAGGCGGGGGACGGGUGCCGCGUCAGACGGUAAUCCGAUCGGAGCCGAUCUCGCGGCCCCCCCGCGGGAGGAGGAUGAGGAAGCUUGCGGACCGGCCUCUGAAAGAGCUCUAUGAUCGCACCGAAAGGAUCUCGGCACCGGAGGCAUAUAACACCAGUCCUGCAAGGGAGUUGUCGCAUCCAAGGACCUGUUGAUGAGUCGGACCACGAAUUUCAAAGGAUGAACGUGGGUUUUUUACAAUCUGAAAAAAGCUAUAUGUUUAUAGACGAUGGCCUUCAGAUGAGGGCAGAAUCUGGGACAUGCAAUGUGUGCUUUGCUCCUUGCUCCUCUUGUAUGCAUCGUAAUAUGUCAGCCAUGAUGUCAAAAGUUGAAUGUGGGUUUUCUGACAGUAUCUGUGAGAGAAAAGAAACUGAUAGUUGUUCAUUCAUUGGUGUUGAUGAGUUGCCUCCCACUAAGAGCAGAGCAUGUGAUAACCAACAACAUGCAGCUAGUGACACAAGCAAUUUAAUAAGCACAAGCUCGAGCCAUGAUUCAUAUUCUGAAAAUGCCGAAAGUAAAGCAACUCUGAGAGCUUCUGCUUUGUAUGAUGCAUCUGAAGAUGUUGACAUGCCUCCAAAAGUGUCUUUAGGUGAUGCGGCAGAAGAAGAUCAGCCUCUUCGAAAGGCUACUGGGACUAGUCACAGGCUAAAUCCCUCAUGCUGCCACUCUGCAUCUGAUUCGCACCUUGGGAUGUUUUUACAUCGAGAUGAAGAGCAGCGUGGACUAGAAUGCCAUGGGGAUAAUUUGUCAUGUAUCACUGGAGUCAGAGAUGCCAAUACUCCAGCCUGUUAUCGGAAUGUCGACCUAGACAAGAAAGAUACAUCAUGUAGUUCUGCAUCGACCUAUGAUUUACUUGCUAAAGAAAAUGAGAUGGAGGUACAGGUGGAUGCCUGUCAUGGAUCUCAUCAUCAUGAAAUAGAAGCAAGUGAAAGUAAAUCAAGAGAACUAAGCACAUGCCCUCUGGAAUCUUCAUGGAAGAAGAGCUCAAGUGGUAGCUCUGUAAAUGCUGCCUUUUCUCACAAGUCUGACCCUGUAGAGUUACCUCCCACAAAAAAAGAAUUGUCUACCAAAAUGCUGUCUUCACAUCCCCAUUCCCAAAGUGGAUGUGUCGACUGUAGUCUUGAUUCUAAGGAUUUGGAAGGAUAUCUAACUUCUCAACAUCAAGAAGAGCCUUCUGAAUGCUCAAUGAAUGAUGUCAAAUCUUCACCUGGAGGACCAUUGGUUUCCACAAGUAUUGAUGGGCAGAAGUCUGCUGCACUCCCAAGUUAUGAAGAUAGUAAACUGAGUCAAAUCAGAGGUGACUCCUCUUCGAGGGCUUUAAAGAACCAUGAUUCAUGCCUUGAAACUGAAGCUGCCAUGGAUGGUGAGAAUCCAUCAGAUGAAGCUACUAAAUGCAGGAACACUUGUGAGCAAUUUGGAAAGAAUGGUUCCUUAUUGGAGGCAUCGAAUGUGCAAGGGCCUGACAUGCAACAGCAUCUGAUUACUAAGGUGGAAAAUUCUGAAUCAGACAGUGGAUUAGAUGAUGUAAAGGUAUGUGAUAUAUGUGGGGAUGCAGGUGUGGAAGAACUUCUGGCUACAUGUAGUAGAUGCAGUGAUGGUGCAGAGCACACUUAUUGCAUGCGAAUUAAGUUGGACAAAAUUCCAGAAGGUGAAUGGUUAUGUGAAGAAUGCCAACUCAAGGAGGAUGCUGAAAACAAAAAAACGGAUAAAUCUGAUUCAGUUUCUGGAACAUCAAAAGUAGAUAUCUUGAAAGAAAAGAGUCAGAAUUUUGGGAGCAAUUUGAACCCUAAAAGUGUACCUAAGUUGGAUAUUGAAGCCAUUGAUACAGAAGUGAGAGGGUCUACUAAAGGAAUGCAAAGUCCACAAAAAUCAGCCCAGAGGCAUGCAGACAGCCCGGAGGUUACUUCAAUGAACAGCAGAAUGAUCCCUGAAAUAGGUGGUGGGUCCAUAGGAAUAUCCAGUCCAAGGAAAAAUGCUGUCAUGUCUCGAGAGAGUUCAUUUAAGAGCCUGGAUUUUGGAAAGGUAAAGCCAACCAACCUGGCUCCAUCUUUCAAAGGUCAGACAACAAAUGGUUCCCAGGCUAUCUCCCGCUCACAUACCUCAAGCUCUAACGCAUCAAAGGUUCAAGCACAACUUAACUCAACUAGAGGGCCACUUUCAAAGCAGCUUUCAUUUGACAACUCGUACAUGAGGCCAAAGGUCAAACAGUUGAUCAACAAUUCACCUCGGAAGCAAAAAAUUAUGAGAGAAGCUGUUUCUAGCAAUGGUAGGAAGGAUGUAAUAGUCAAAACAAUGACGAAGUCUGCAUCAUUCAAAUGUGUAAGCUCAGGCCUCUCCAAUACUGAAUCAUUAAAUAAAACCCAAUCACUUAAAUCACCUCGAUCUGAUGAACCUGGAGGCUGGAAACCUGUGAAAGAAAGGAAUAUGAUGGAAAGGAAGAAUUCUUUUGUUCUAGAUCAUCCUUCUGGCGCAUCUACUGCAAAGAUGGAUCUGAAGAUUUCACAGCAUAGUGGAAACUUAAGUAAUACGUCUGAACAGGACAUACUCAGCAUCAAAAAGGGACUAGAAAAUCCUAACGAUUUAGGUACAAAUAUGUCUUUAGAGGACUUUGUAACUGGACGUACUGAAGUGAAGAAGCAGACAUCAAAUUCUUUUAAAAGAUAUGAAUUGUGCAAUCCUGAGGAUCAAAGGCCAUUCCAAGUUGUCCCUAGGGAAGGUUCUUGCACAAAUCCCAUUGCUAUUGAUAGAUCACAUGGUGAUGCUGACUCAGUACUGCAGCGCAGUAUGUCUCUGGUUCGAGAAUCCUUCCCUCGAGAAGAUAAAAGCAGGGAUUCUACUCAUUCUAGCAGUUCAAGACAGGCUGCUUCAAGUGGAAGUCGAGUAUUACGUUGUCAUAAAUGUAAUGAAACAGGUCAUGCAACUCAGUUUUGCCCAAUCAACAAACUUCGCAUAUCUGCUCUUAAACCUGCUGCUGAUAGAAGUUUAAGAGUAAGCAUUAAUAAAAGCAAUAAAUGGAAAGACGCAAUUGAAGCAGCAAAAACUAAAACACAGAAUAGAAAUAAAUUGUCAGACCAGUCUGAGUGUUCAACACCGAGUACUGAAGUGAGUUGCGAAGCAGCUUCCAAAGAUCUCCAGUCAAAUUCAAGUGGUCUGAAGGCCUUGCCUCUGGAAGGGACAUCUGAUGGGAAAGCUGUUUUGAGAAGCUUUGAUGCUAAUUUUGGCAGAAGAGAACCUGUGAUUGACAUGCAGCAAGCUAAACACCCUGUUGAAGCCUCAUAUCUUUCUAAAGCAAGUGAUUCCAAUGCCAUUCUUACCAAUACUGAUAGUUCAAACGCGAAGCCUUCAACUCAAAUUUUGCACGAUCAAUCUUCUCUACUUGCAAACCCAUUUGGCGCUUCAGUAAUCCCUGAACAAGAAAAUAUAUGGCAAGGUGGUUUUGAGGUGCUUAGGACUGGAGGGCUUCCUGAAUUUUUUGAUGGGAUUCAAGCUCACCUGUCAACUUGUGCGUCACCUAAUGUGCUUGAAGUGGUCAGCCAGUUUCCUUGCAAACUGCAACUAGAUGAAGCUCCUUGCUUUAGGUUGUGGCCGUUGCAAUUUCAGGGAAUUAGUCCUAAGGAAGAUAAUAUUGCCAUUUAUUUCUUUGCCAAAGAUAUCGAGAGUUAUGAAAGGACUUAUGGGAAGCUGUUGGAAGAUAUGCUUAAAAAUGAUUUAGCCCUUAGAGGGAAUAUCAAUGAGGUUGAGAUUCUUAUUUUCCCAUCAAAUAAACUACCAGAAAACUGCCAACGUUGGAAUAUGUUAUUCUUCCUCUGGGGUGUCUUCAGAGGAAGGACAGAGUGCUCAAAAAUCCUGCCUGAUUUACAGAAGCAGGCUUGUCAGUUCAAGUUAAGCACAGAUACCUUGGUGCAAGAAUUUUCUUCCCCUCUCUUUGAAGCUUCUACCUCUCGGAAAAUAAAUUCCCAUGAGAGUUCAGUUAAGGAAUUAUCUAGGAAUAUUUCCCAUGAGGGUUCAGAUAAGGAAUUAUCCAGGAAUAAUAGAUCAGUCAACAUGGAAGCAAUGAAAUCCAAUAUUUGGGUGGAUUUGCAGCCUAUUUCUUCUUCUGGUAUUAAGGAUGAGAUCUGCAACACAAAGGAGUCUUCUUUUGUUCAAAAUACUUCAUGUCAGCUAGCUUCAGGUUCGAUCUCUCUAAGCUGCUCGUCAGAUAGCCGAGGCCAGCUGUGCAGCUUGCUUGGUACUUGUCCAGAGCCUGACCUUCAGAUGAGUACCAAGGACUUCUGCCCUGCAUUGAAAGGGGAGGCCAUGUACCUGGAGAAAUCUGGUAGUGACAUUGAUGGCAAAGCCCCAGUACGCAUUCAUGCAACUAGCAUAGAAAAUCUGAACAGUGUAUUGCCUACACAAGCAAUUUCUUCAUAUUUUGGACAAGAUGGUGAAGGAAGAGGAAACGGUGAAAAAAUGAGGGGGAAAGAAGGAUCAAUGAAACAUGAAGCUAGUAUAGAUAAUGAGCUGCAGGAACACCUGAUGGAGAUCGACCACCUCAGCUGGGAGUCGAGGCCUAGCAGGAAACGUGCAUACUCAUCUUCCAUAGAUAUAGUUACACGUGCUUCUGGUGAACCCUCGAAGAGCACUGAUGAAAUAAUUCUUUGGAGUGAGAGAGCAAACUUCAUUUCUCUUGAAGGUGAAAAAAGAUGCAAGAAGAUGAGGAGUUGCAGUGAGAUACAUGCUAAUAGUAGUUCUAGGGAUGAAAAUACAACUAAUAAUUUAUCAUCUAAGGUACAUCCUUUGCUAUCUGGCUAUGUCAAUGAGCAGCAACACGUUCAUGGUUUCUACAGUGGAACAGGGAUGACUGAGAACCCAAGGAGUGCUGAAAAGUUUUUCUUUCCUGCGGAUUCAGGUCCUGUCAGAAAUGUUGUAUCAGAGAACCUCACACAUGUUCUUUAUUCAGAGGACGAAGGCAUGCCAGAGUCCAGUAGUCCAGAUCUUGAACUAGCACUUGGGGGCAAGAAGAAAUCAUCGGAAAAGGAAGUCUUGUCAUUGCUUUUCCCUUUGGGUGACAGACAAGGCAGCCAAGAAGAACUCCCAGGUCCUGCAGUGGAUGAUGAAGAUGAUAUGUCAGCAGCACUGUCUCUAUCCCUCGCCUUUCCUGGCACAGAGAAGAAACAAAAGGACAAAACUAUUUUAAGAACGGAGCAGCUUUUGCCAGAGAGGCCUUGCGUUAAUACUUCUUUGCUUCUAUUUGGCAGGUUUAUUGGCACUUGAAUCCAAGUGGGAGCAUAUAUGCCUUGUAAAUGAACACCUCAGUAUACGGGGGAGUGCCAGAGCUCUUGUCCAUAUGUUCAUAGCUAUACAAAUAUUUCUUUUUUUUUUACUCUUUUUGACUUCUUUCUUUCCCUAGUUCUUGCUUCUAGAGUGCAGAUUUACGACGGCUGUUUGUAUAUAAGAGAAAGAAAGCCACAAUGUUAAAAUUAUGCAGAAACUCCAUGGAUGUGUUAAUGCAAGUUCUCAUAACUAUAUGUUUCGUUUGUUUUA